AUGACACACUUCUCCAAAAACAUGGACACCAAACAGCAGGACUUAUCUUCUUUGUCCGAAGUUGGACAAAGUUUUGCGAAAGAGGAAACAUGGUCUGUCGAGAAACAACUCAAACCAUUGGCAGAAGAGAAAGAUUAUGCUGAUAUGAACGAUGUUGAAAAGGCUAUUUAUAACACUAAGGACUCAAAAUUGAAUAAAGAUUUAUCCAUUCGUCAUCUUUUGACUUUGGCAGUCGGUGGUGCCAUUGGUACAGGUUUGUUUGUCAAUUCGGGCGAUUCGUUGAGUACCGGUGGCCCUGCCUCUUUAGUCAUUGCGUGGACCAUCAUUUCAACAUGUUUGUUUACAAUAGUCAACUCCUUAGGUGAAUUGAGUGCUACUUUUCCUGUUGUUGGUGGAUUCAAUGUGUACGUCACAAGAUUUGUAGAACCAUCUUUUGGUUUUGCGGUGAAUUUCAAUUAUCUAGCUCAAUGGGCAAUUCUUCUACCAUUGGAACUAUGUGCUGCAUCGAUUACUAUCAGAUACUGGAACAAAUCAAUUAAUCCAGAUGCUUGGGUCAGUAUAUUCUACGUUGCUAUCGCUUUUGCCAACAUGCUGGAUGUUAAAUCAUUCGGUGAAACUGAAUUUGUCUUGUCUAUGGUGAAAAUUCUUGCCAUCAUUGGGUUCACUAUUCUGGGGAUCGUUUUAAUCUGUGGAGGUGGUCCAUCCGGUGGCUUUAUAGGUGGGAAGUACUGGAAUGAUCCUGGCGCCUUUGUGGGUGAUACUCCAGCUCAGCGUUUCAAGGGAUUGUCUGCAGUGUUCAUCACAGCUGCUUUCUCCUAUUCGGGAUUGGAAUUGGUCGGUGUUUCAGCUGCAGAAUCCAGAAAUCCAAGAGUAACUUUGCCAAAAGCUGCUAAGAGAACAUUCUGGUUGAUCACUAUGAGUUAUUUGGUCAUCUUGACUUUGAUCGGGUGUCUUGUUCCAUCCAACGAUCCUUUAUUGUUGAACGGUACCUCAUCCGUUGAUGCUGCUGCGUCACCAUUAGUUAUUGCCAUUCAGAAUGGUGGUAUUAAAGGGUUACCAUCCUUGAUGAAUGCCAUUAUUUUGAUUGCACUCUUGUCUGUAGCUAACAGUGCCGUUUACGCAUGUUCAAGAUGUAUUAUCUCAAUGGCAGAAAUUGGUAAUUUACCUCGUUCUUUGGCCCAUGUUGACAAGAAAGGUAGACCAUUGUACGCAAUUGCUAUUACUCUCUUGGUUGGUUUAUUGUCGUUCAUUGCUGCUAGUAAUAAGCGUGACGAAGUUUUCACUUGGUUGAGUGCGUUAUCUGGUUUAUCUACUCUAUUCUGUUGGUUUGCCAUAAAUUUGGCUCAUUUAAGAUUCCGUCACGCCAUGAAACACCAAAAUAGAUCCCUUGAAGAACUGCCGUAUGUUUCAAUGACUGGAGAAUGGGGGUCUUGGUACGGCUGUAUCGUUAUCGGGCUGGUUUUAAUUGCCUCCUUCUGGACCUCUCUAUUCCCGGCUGGUGGGAACGGUGCUGAUGCAACUUCAUUCUUUGAAAGUUAUCUCUCCCUACCGAUUUUCAUUGCUUGCUACCUUGGUCACAAGAUUUGGAAACGCAAUUUAAGGUUGUACAUCAAACUAUCCGAGGUUGAUGUCGAUUCCGGCAGGACCGAUACUGACGCAGCUACUCUUAAACAAGAAAAGGAAGCUGAAGCUGAAUUAAUGAAAACUAAACCUUUCUAUAUCAGACUGUGGAACUUCUGGUGUUAA